GAAUGACGAGGCUGAACAGAUUGCCAAAUUGGAAGAGGAAGUAGAGGCCUUGCGCGCUAAGCUGGCGGAGCAGGCAACGGGCGUGGCAGACACCAGCCGCUACGAGAACCAAAUUGCCGAGAUGGAACUAUUCAUGAAGCAGACAUGGGAGGACAAAGAGAAGCAAUCCUUGGAACACGAAGAGGAAAGGAAGAGACUCGAACAAGAGGCACAGAGGAAUAUGGAGCGGCUGAAUGAAGAGCGUCAGAGACGAAUCCGAAUGCUGGAAGAGAAGGGCGAUCUGGAACUCAUCGUGCAGGAGCUGAAAGCCUUACAGGGCGGAGAGCGGUGGACGACGUACACUUCGAGUUGGCCAAGUCAAAUUAGUCGACUGCUAGCCUUGGAGAACCGCGUGACAGCACAAUGUCGGGCUGCAGUCCUGUUACGGGAUGCCGUGCUCCAUGAUGUGGAGCAUUGGUGUGAGAAACAGCGGCAGGUUCAAGAAACUGGUGGGAAGGAACUUGAUGGGGGGGCUGGGCUACGAAUCCUGCUGCAGCAGGCAGAGAGGAAAGUGGGCACAAUGCUUCGGGAGUUCGAGUCAUUGGGGAAGCAAGAACAAGAACUAGCAGGGGAGGUGGCGAGUUGGAUUCCACAGGUGCAAAAAGCCGUGACAGGCAUUGCUUUGGAGAGCUCGGAGGAGGAGAAGGAGAAGGACCUCAGAGACAAAGACAAAGAAGACGGAAGUAAAGAGGACAAAACCAACGAGGUCUCUGAGGAGUUUGUUCAAGUCUUGGGCCUGAUCCUUCGACAGCUAGAUAGCCACAGAAUGAAGAUUUGGGGGCAAAUAGCAGAGGACCAUAAAGCUCUCGGUGGCUUUACAGCACAGCUACAAUCACUGGCUGAUUGCAGCAGUGCCCUAGGGGCUGAUGUCGCCGAGUUGACGGAGGAAAUGAAGCUGGAAGUGGAGAUUCCGGGUGGCUCCGGGUCACAGCGACCACUGCCGUACCACAGUGAUGAGGUGUCUGCCGCGUUGGCUGCACCACUGGGCCUUGCCUCAGAGGAGCUGGGAGACGCGAAUAUCUCUGCAAGCUCCAACCAGCAGGCUUGCAGCUCCCUGCGGCUUUAUGGUGGUGUGGAUCGGAUGAAGUCAGCGUUUGCUGGUUGGAGUCCCAUUCAAGACUCAAGCUCAGAGUACGUCCAGGUGGACUUGGGCAAAGCUAUUUGGGUCAGCAGCUUUGCGAUGCAAGGAAGGAGGCCCAUCAGUGGUGAUUGGGAAGCAACUCGGCCGUUGCUUGCAGAGUUACUUGACCCUGGUGACCCGCUGCCACCGAACAGGAUUUUCAAGCGCCCACCGGUGCGCCUCAUUCAUGACGUCGUCGUAGCGGUCCAUGCUCGUCACCAAGCUUUGACCGCCGGAAAGCCUGACUUCACUGCAGCCCAGCUGGAUUACAAGCAGCUUCAGAAUGCAGACCGACAAGCAAAGGUGGAUUUUUUCGAACUCCUCUUGGCCAAAGCCGGCCAUGCAAUCAAAGCAGCUGGAUGGUCUGAGAAGGACGAACCGUUCGUCAACCUAUUGUGA